AUGGGAAAGGGCCCGGAGUAUGCCACAGCUGAGUCUGUGGAGGCUCUGAAGGCUGAGCUGAAGCAACAAGCCAACUCAGCAUUAAAGAAGGACCAAGCUGCGAAAGCAUGCGAAAAGAGGAUUGAAAGCAAUCAGAAUAAGAUCACCGAAUUGCAGGUGACCUUUGAUGAACAACAGACCAAAUUGCAGGCACAGGAAGGUGCAGUGAAAUCAAUGCAGGAGCAGAAUGCCAAGCUUCAGCAAGACUUGAACAUUGAGACAGAGAAGCUUCAAAGCCUUCAGAGCGAGAAUGAGGAGCUCAAGAAGGCCGUCUCAAGUGUUGAAGCCUUGGCAAAGCAAAACUACGAAGCAUUGCAGGAGAUGCAACGUCAGGCACGGGAAGAGCAGAUGGAAGAGUUGAAGAAAGCUCGGGAGGAUUUGCAGAAACAUGCGUUGGAAGCAGCUCGCAAGGAUGCCACUGAGGCCAAAGAUGAAGCCAAAAAGGAAUUGGAGGGAGCGAAAAAAGUCGUUCGUGGAGAGAUGAGCCAAGGCCUCGAAAAGCUGGAGAAGAAUCUCACCGAAAGCAUGAAGGAGAGCUUCAAUGCGCUUGACAAGAACGUGAGGGAAACGAGACUAGCGCUUGAGGCACAGUGUGAUGCUGUGAUGACAGAGACCAGGCAAAAGCAGGAGGCACUGGAGGAAUCCUUGGGCGAGCGCAUCAAGCGCGUGGAAGAGGAAACCCGAGAGCAAAUGGAAUUGCAGCGGGCCGAGGAGAAGAAGUUGCGAGAAGCACUGGAGGAGAGCCUCACAGCUGAGCUGAACAGCUUGGAUUUGAAGUUCUCAGAGAGGUGUGAGGAUUUACUCGAGCGUCAGCUGAAGGACUGUGAGGACUUGCAAGAGCUCCGACGGGAGGCCGAGGCGCGCUCUGCGGCGGUGCUCGCUGAGGGCCGGGCCACCGCCAGUCUGCUGCAAGGUGAGACGAUUCGGCUGAACAGCUUCUGUCGCGGGGUCUCUGGCCUGCCCACCAGGCAGGUGGAAUGGCGGUUGCAUGAAGAUACCGUGAAGCAGUUAGAAAAGCUGCAAGAAAUCCGUGAAGAUACAAGUGAUGAUCCCGUCUUGUCGGGAGAUGCACAGAUCAGCUUCUUCUCUCCAGCCUUUGAGGCUGCGGGCACGAGCGGCUUACAAUUAGAGCUGCGAGUGCACACCAAGAAUGGAGCUGAACGCGGAGAUGAAGAAGAUGGCUCUGGCAAUCAAUGUUCCUUGUACUUAUGGGCUUCUGCUGGCUUGCAGCUGGUCUUCCGCCUCUUCCUGGGAACUGAGUCCGUGAUCCUGCGUCAUAGCUUUGAUGGCAAGACGCCUUGUGGCUUGAAGCGGAUGGGCUCCAUUCUGGAGCAAAAGUCAGUGGACGGCUCGCUUCGUUUGGGCAUCGAGAUCCAUGAGUCUUUGGUGGAAAGUGUCGCUUCUGCUGGCAGUCACUCCAAUCCAAUGGCAGCAGCAGGAGAGCCACAAGGACCCGUGGAUGGCACACUGUCAGUGCAGCGCUACCUGAACCACCGGUUGCUUGAAUUGAUGCAGUCACAAGGGCGGGCUUUCUUGGAUCAGCUUCACAAAAAGGUGGAUGUGAUGCGCUCAAGGGCUGUCCGCCGUGUGCAGUGGCGCUUGGAGAAUGGGCCUUUACUUUUUCAGACUUUUGCCAAAGAACAAGCUGUGCGAAGUACAGCCUUCCAAGCAGCUGGCAUCAGUGGAAUGCAACUGGUUUUCUAUCCGCAAGGCUGUGCCGGUGCAAGGCCCGGCUUUUGCUCCUUCUUCUUGAGCUGUCCGCCCAACGUGACCUUGCGCUGCUGGCUUUGGGCGGGGCGAUGGCGCCGCGAGGCGCGGCCAGAACCGGUGGAGCAGCCCGACUUGGUGGGGCGGGUAAACUUCGCUCGCUUUGAAAAUAUCAUCGACCCGGUGGAUGAAUCCGUGGAUUUGGUCCUCGAGAUCGAAGAAGCUCAACAGACCUCAAAGGCUACCAUGAGCAGCCAACCCGUUGCCUUGCCUUUGGAAGAUUCUUCCUAUGAGCGAAGUGAGAUGAACAGAUCCAGCACCAUGGCAAGCCCACAGAUGGUGCCGUCCAACAACUUCCAUCGAUUUGGACGACGCAAGGCCUUGGGCCAGCUGGAGCUGAAGAUGCGGGCGGCUGAAGCUGAGAUGCAGAUCCAAGGCGGCUCGGGCAAUGAGGAGUGGAGAAAUCUUCUUCAGCAUUGGCAGACUCUUCAGAAAGACAUCACGAAGGCACAUGCGCAAGCUGCAGAGCAAGAGCAGAAUCUGCUGCAAGGAUGCGAAGGGGAUGAUUUGGCAGUCUCAGAGGACCAGAGGGAAGCCGUCGACAAGGAUACCUUGGGCACCAAAGCAGUGGUCGGCUUUGAGGACGAGAGGCUAGCAGAGGGAGACAGGAAUCCGGGGAACGCCCGGGCUCGGCCUGCUUGGAGCCUGAAGGCUGGUGGUGCUGAAGGUGCCACAGAAGAUGGUGGCCGUGACGCUCCUUCGGGCAGGCUGACACCUGGCGAGUGUGAUCAGCUGAUUUCGGUCCUUGAAUCGAUCCAGGAAAGCUUUCAGGGUGGCGGCUUCGAAGCGGCAGCGAAGCUUGGUGCUGCUGCGUCUGUCUUGCUUGGAAAUGGCAAAGGCAGCGGAGAUGCUCGCUUCUUAGAGCGAAUUGCAAGGCUCUCAGCGAGCGACCGAAACGCUUUGCUGUCGACGAUCACGGAUGUGCACCAGAAGCUGAAUGCUGGCAAUGCUGACGCAGAGUCAUUGCGAAAGUUAGAAAAGAUUUUCUCCGCAGUGGGCUUGGAGUGGCAACCUGGACCUGGGAUGCUCGAGCAGGACUUCGAGGAAGCUCUGGCAACGGCUCAGAAGAGAAUGGGACGCUUGGAGGAGCGCCUGGAACUUCAGCGAGAGGGCUUGCAGCGGUGGAGACGCAAAAGUGUUCAGGCAGCGCCUGUGCUUGCUGGGCACUCCCUCUUACAUCAGAGUAUGCUGGAGGCUUCAGCCCGAGAACGCAACAAGUGCUGGGCAGAAUGCGAGAGGCUGCAGGCGGGCUGA